AGGUGUUUUCGUAUGUCAAGGGAGGGAAUGUAAAACUGCAGACUGGUUUUAUAAUCAAAUACAUUCAACCAAAGAGGCAGAAAGUGCUGGACACCCACUGAUGCAGGUGCGCUUGUUGUACAAGUCUUCUGAAAAGCAGCAGAGCGAGGGAACAGCCAUGAGUCUGCUGUGAUAAUGCAUCGCAGCAGGACAGACAGGAACAGAAAUCAAAGAUGCGGUGACUACAGCAACGCCGUGGAGCCUGAGUACGACGUGGUGGAUGACCACAAGGAAGUGCUAAACAUUCACAUUCUUCCUGCGAGGCCCAUAAAUGAUGAGACAGAGUAUGCAGACAGGGAUCUUCCAAGGUCAUCGUCGGCUCAGAGCCUGUCAUCGCUCUCCGCUGGUAACUCCAACAUCCUCCCAAGAGAGAUCCCAGCCACUGCAGGGCCUGCUAUAAAUAGAGACCUGAAGCCAGGCAGAAGAAAGCCCAGAUUAGAUAAGAGGCCCGCACCUGUGCUGCCAGGAGAACAGCGCUCUCACAGGCACUCUCCAUCACCUCCACCGUUCACCUCGGAGUUAGUGAAUCAAUUGCCUGGGCUGACUUUGAAGGAGAUCUACAGGAGAGAUGAACAGAGAGCAACAAAAAAAGCAGCAUUCAGUCCACAUAUCAAAGGUCUUCAGAGUGCUGAAAGUGUUUCAGCCUCCCAUAACAUUCAAAGACAUUCUUUGGAUUUGGAGACUCAUGAUAUAGAAAAAAGGUCACAACAAAGUCUGAAAAGGGUGCCAUCAAAGCGUCAUCACCAUGAAUGGCCUCAAACUAAAGAAGACAUUGAGCAGCAUGACUUUGUUCCAAAGGAAAUGCCUCAACAGACCUCCUGUGAAGACGACUGGUAUGUUGGGGCUUGUAAUCGAGCAGAUGCUGAGCACGCCUUACACCUGGUGAACAAGGAUGGGGCAUUUUUGGUACGAGACUGCUCCAUCAACACCAACAGUGAACCCUUGGUAUUGGCUGUGUAUCAUGACAAGAAGGUUUACAAUGUAAAAAUUCGGUUCAUCGGCAGCACGAGCAAGUACACCCUGGGAACGAGACAGCGAUCAAACGAUAUGUUUGACUCUGUGGCAGACAUCAUCAAGUUCCACUCCAUUUUCCCAAUAAUACUCAUCAGCGGGAGAAAUAUGCCCGGAAGCAGGUACCCGGAAAACUGUGUGCUGACAUGUCCAGUAACGAAAAAGGAUGUUGAGCAGCUGCUGCAAUGACACAUGCACCACUCCAGCAAAGAUAAUCUGUUCAUUCCCAUCUGGUCCGUCACAUCCUAUUAUGUCACUAUGCAACCCAGAAAAUCCACUAAAGUUCAAUGUGGGCAUGUUAGGAGAAAGCUGACUGUGUAUACAAAUUGUGUUAUUGCUUGUGUCAAUAAAAAAAUGUUUUUCAUCUAC